AUGGCAAUCGCAUAUGAUAAAGAAAGCGCCAUGAAGGUCCAAGCCAUCCUGAGCUCGCGGGAUGACUGGCGCGCAUGGUUUCAAGUCAUUAAAGACCAUGCAAACAAGCAAGAAGUAUGGGAAUAUUUUGAUCCUGAUGCUGAUAACAAAACAAGGCCUAAGCCACUGACCAAACCGACAAUUCCAUCAGAAUAG